AUGAAAUUCUCAACUCUUUCAGCUUUAGUAUCCAUUCCUGCAUUUGCACUCGCUCAGAGUCCGAGUGCCAGUGCCUCCGCUAGUGCUGCCUCGGCCUCUGCAUCUGGAGCAGCGGGUAAUAGCUCAGAUUACUUGACUGCUGUCUUGGGUGCUUUGACCUCGGCAGGUCUCACCUCCCUAGUUGGCGCUGCUCAAGGAAUCGCCGGGACGUCUGAGGGUCAAGCACUCCUUGGCUCCCUCGCUCAAGGUAACAAAACCGUCUUCGCUCCUUCCAAUGCAGCUUUGUCGAACGUCUCUCAAGAUAUCCUCAGUGACAACGCUCUUCUGACCCAAAUCCUAUCUUACCACAUUCUUAAUAAUACCUACACUGCUCAAGGUGUAGCUACAGCUCCUAAUCACACUAUCGCUCGUACCCUCUUGAGAGGUGGUAAUUACACUUUACCAGGUAACUUUACUGCUCCGUUAGUGUUGGCCAAAAACUCUACCAAUGGAAGUUCGUUUGAGAUCGUUCAAACUACCAGUAAUAUCUCUACCGGCCCCAAUGCUACCGCUGCCAACUUACAAGUAUACGUUAUUGAUCAAGUUAUCGAAUUACCCCAAAGUAUCGAUUCGGUCGUUUCUUCACUUGCACCUCAAUUGAGUGGAUUGGUAUCUUCCAUCCCAGGUUUGGCCGACCAACUUGCCUCCGCUAAUGGAAUUACCAUCUUUGCACCAAAUGACGCUGCCAUUGGAGCUAUCCAAAGUUCCCUUGGACAAUUGAACUCUACCCAGGUCACCUCUGUGCUUAGUAAUCAUAUUAUCAAUGGAACUGUCGUUUAUUCCACUGGACUCGCAUCGGGUAACUACACUUCGGCGGGAGGAGAACCAUUCAAGUUUAUCUCAAAUUCUACCGGAGCGUACGUACAGUCCGCCAACUCGACUGCAAAGAUUGUACAAUCGGAUAUCAUCCUCAAUAACGGUGUUGUACAUGUUAUCGAUAAUGUCCUCGUCAACACCGCUUCGAACCCUCAAGCUGCCGAAUCAGCCUAUUCAUCAGCUGUAGCUGCUGCAUCUACUUCAACCGAGGCCAACGCUCCCGUCACUGCUACAUCCGCAGCUACCGCUCCCUCAGGUUCCAGCUCAGGAUCUUCUUCCUCUGGAGCUAGUUCAGCAGGAUUCAAGAUUGAGCCUCUGGGAUUAACCAAUUCCAUGAUGGGUGGGAUGGUCGCUGUGGUUGGUGCGAUCGUCGGUGGGAUAGUCACUCUUUUCUAA